AUGUUCCGACGUCUUGCAUCCGGCCUUCCACGAGACCCCGUCUUCCCGGAUACCAUCGCGGGAUUGGGCUACUUCAUCAACGACAAAGAUGAGAUCCGAAGCAUCGACAACCCAAAGGUAUACUUCAAGUUCUUCAUUACCAAGAAUGAUCGCCAUAAUUGCGUCCAACGAGAGUCCAUGAAUGGUGCUAUCCGUGAACUCGUAGCUCAACGUCUCGAGAACCUUGGCCUCGAAAAGGUCCCACUCCCCCUCGGCACAGAGGAAGGCGAGCCCCACGUUCCCAUCUUCGUCUCCUCCAACCUCAAUGACAAAAAGCGAGUGGUCAUCCUCUUCUACGAACAUACUCAGGACCUUGGCAUCUUCGCACAUCGUAUCAUUGGAGGCAAGGGAGGCAUCGAUCAGGGUUCUGCCGUCAACUUCGUCAAAUACAUCCAGGCCCAAGUCACCUCCCCUGGCAAUGUCGAGUCUCCCGGUAUUAUAUUGGCGAAUUUGGGCCAGUUGAGAUGGUGGCGUCAGCGCAAAAGGGCGGUGACACAAACAACCUGGUUUGCUCUUCCGCAGAAGAGUUCUGUCGAGGCCCCGUAUCGCAUUGAUCCCAUCAAAAACACAGUCCCUGGCAACAGGACCACGGAGGAACACGUCAACUACGUCUUCGGUCAUGUCGUCGAGAAGUUAGUAGAUCCCAAGGCAAAGCUUGAUAUCGUUGGAGUUUCAGAUGGUGCUAUUCAAGUCUCUGUCUUCUUGGAGAAGCACGAGAACUUCAGGAAGUGGGGAGAGAGGGUCGCUGCUUUCGCUUCUGUUGCUACGUGGUAUCAUGCGCGUGAGAUUAAGAACGUUGAUUUCGCGGAUUGGUUCAUGGAUCGCGGCCGUGUCUACAUCCUCUCUUCCGAGCCCGCAGGCACCUUCCUUGCUGAUCACAAAGGUCGCAAGUACGUCCCAGCUUAUGGCUGUCCCGUCUUCAGCUUAGGUGAACCUUACUACGCCGAGUCUAUGCUUCCAAAGGGGUACAAGACCAUCAUCGAUUGGUUUCAAGAAGUUGGCCUUAAUCCUGAGUACACCAAUCCCGCUUUCGAGAAAUUUGAUGUUGGUGGAGAUGACGAGGAAGAGGAGAAGCCACUGGAAGGCUGA